CACGGGAGCUUACUGGCCGGUGUUUAUAGGAUUUUCGAGGUAAACAAUAUACAAGAAAACUAACAAAAUGGGUCGCGAUAAAUCACGGAAACGUGCACAGAGUUCAAGUGACGAGAGUUUGGAUAGUGAAGAGGAGGCGCGUCUACGUGAUUUGCGGGAGCGCGAUGAGUUCGCGGAUCGACUGCGGAAGCGCGAUGAGGACAAGACCCGUAAAGUUUUGGAGUCGUCCUCGUCCCGGAAGGCGUACGAGGAGGCGGCCAAACGGUUGAAGCUAGAAAUCGAGGAUCGGGAGAAGAUUUUGCCGCAGUUGCGGGUGCAGUCAAGGAGGAAGUAUUUGGAGAAACGCAAGGAUGACAAGGUGGCUGAGUUGGAGGCGGAUAUUCUGGACGAUGAGUAUCUUUUUGAAGAAAAAAUUUUAACGGACCGAGAACGGAAAGAGCGCGAGUACAAGAAGCAACUACUUACUAUUGCCAAGGAACAUGAAAAAGCCAGGGAAUUGGAACGCGUUCAGAGGUAUCAUAUGCCUCAAGAUGUUAAAAAAGGCGAAACAGAGGAGUACGUCGAAGUCGAUGAACGUGAACGCCAGCCCAACUCCGAACAGAAAAAAUGGGAAUCUGAACAGUUAGCCUCUGCUAUGUUCCAAUUUGGUGCCAAGGAUGCCAAAAUCAAAGAUGAAUAUGAUCUCCUUCUGGACGAUCAAAUUGAAUUCAUCCAAGCUCUCACCAUGGAAGGUUCCAAAUCGAAAGAUAAGAAACCUGAGAUAACAGAGACUGAAAAGCACAAAAUGGACAUUGAGGAAACAAAAAAAUCACUUCCAGUUUAUCCAUUCAGAGAGGAUUUGAUAGCGGCAAUUCAGGAGCAUCAGAUUUUAAUUAUUGAAGGUGAGACGGGUUCUGGAAAAACCACUCAAAUUCCACAAUAUUUGUAUGAGGCUGGAUUCACAAAAGACAAUAAGAAGAUUGGAUGUACGCAGCCUAGACGAGUGGCCGCGAUGUCCGUUGCAGCUCGUGUCGCUCAGGAAAUGGGUGUGAAAUUGGGAAAUGAAGUUGGAUACAGUAUUCGGUUUGAAGAUUGCACUUCAGAGCGGACUAUCUUGAAAUACAUGACUGAUGGUACUUUGCAUCGAGAAUUUCUAUCAGAACCGGAUCUGGCGUCCUACAGUGUAAUGAUAAUCGAUGAAGCUCACGAGCGCACACUUCACACUGAUAUUUUGUUUGGUCUCGUGAAAGACAUUGCCCGAUUCAGGCCAGAACUGAAAUUGCUGAUAUCCAGUGCUACCUUGGAUGCUGAGAAAUUCUCACAAUUUUUUGAUGAUGCUCCGAUUUUCCGAAUUCCUGGAAGAAGGUUUCCGGUCGACAUUUACUACACAAAAGCUCCUGAAGCUGACUACAUUGAUGCUUGUGUCGUAUCAGUCUUACAAAUCCACGCUACCCAACCUUUGGGAGAUAUACUGGUGUUUCUAACAGGUCAAGAUGAAAUUGAAACUUGCCAAGAGGUUUUGCAAGAUCGUGUUAAAAGGCUUGGGUCAAAAUUGAAAGAAUUAGUCAUUCUGCCCGUGUACGCUAAUCUACCAAGUGAUAUGCAAGCAAAGAUUUUCGAGCCGACACCACCAAAUGCUCGUAAAGUCAUUUUGGCUACAAACAUCGCAGAAACAUCACUCACAAUCGAUAAUAUUAUUUACGUUAUCGAUCCGGGCUUUGCAAAACAAAAUAAUUUUAGUUCAAGGACAGGAAUGGAAUCUUUGAUGGUGGUACCGAUCUCCAAAGCGUCAGCCAAUCAAAGAGCUGGACGAGCGGGGAGAACAGCACCUGGGAAAUGUUUCCGACUGUAUACGGCUUGGGCUUAUAAGCAUGAGUUGGAGGACAAUACUAUUCCGGAAAUUCAGAGGAUUAACUUAGGCAAUGCUGUAUUGAUGCUUAAGGCCCUUGGAAUCAACGAUCUGAUCCAUUUUGAUUUCUUGGAUCCACCGCCCCAUGAAACAUUGGUUUUGGCUUUAGAACAACUUUAUGCACUCGGAGCACUGAAUCACCAUGGAGAGUUGACGAAAUUAGGGCGGCGAAUGGCUGAAUUUCCAGUUGAUCCGAUGAUGGCUAAAAUGAUUUUGGCUAGUGAAAAGUAUAAAUGUUCAGAAGAAAUCGUCACAAUAGCAGCCAUGCUUUCCGUCAACAGCGCAAUUUUCUAUCGUCCCAAGGAUAAAAUCAUUCACGCCGAUACAGCGCGUAAAAACUUCAAUCACAUUCACGGUGACCAUCUCAGUUUACUGCAAGUCUACAAUCAAUGGGCGGAGACAGAUUUCAGUGUUCAAUGGUGUUAUGAAAACUUCAUCCAGUACAGAUCCAUGAAACGAGCCCGAGACGUCCGGGAGCAGUUAGUCGGGCUAAUGCAACGAGUCGAAAUCGAUAUGGUCUCUUCCCUGCCUGAGACGAUACCUAUUCGAAAGGCCAUCACUGCAGGAUAUUUUUACCAUGUUGCUCGGCUAUCUAAAGGAGGAAAUUAUAAGACAAUAAAACAUAAUCAAACAGUCAUGAUACAUCCAAAUUCGUCACUGUUUGAGGAAUUACCACGAUGGGUGCUGUAUCAUGAGUUGGUUUUCACGACAAAGGAGUACAUGAGGCAAGUGAUUGAGAUUGAGAGUAAGUGGCUGUUGGAGGUGGCACCGCAUUAUUAUAAAGCCAAAGAGUUGGAAGACUCGACAAAUAAAAAAAUGCCGAAGACAGCCGGACGAUCAACAAUGACUGUUUGAAGACUUUGCAAUUAUUAUUUUAUGUUUGAGUGUUAAGGAAGAUUUAAAUAAAUAAGAUAUGAUGUGA